GCCUGCCGGCGCUGAACCCGCCACUAGGCGACGGGGGAGAGGACAGAGAGCUGCUGGUGUGGACGCUGGCCGGAUGGUUAAAUCUAACCUACAGACGAUUUUGAAUAGCCAUUGUUUUGUUAGAGAAAAAGAGAGACACUUAUCCGAGAUGCCUCUUAUUGAACAAUCCAGUAACACACGUGCCAGUGAAAGUGUCUCCAGUCCCAGGAGGUGCUCUCGCUGUUGCAGUAACCCGUGUCCGGGGCCUCAGUGGUGCUCCGAUGCCCCUCACCCACCCUUAAAGAUCCCAGGUGGGCGAGGGAAUGACAAACGGGAUCGCAAUCUUUCAGCCCAGCUCUUCUAUUCGGAUGCUCGGUUGCGGGUUCUCGAGGAGCCCCCCCCCGCCAACGGCAGAGUGCGCUUCUUGCUCUUCGAGCCCCGUCGCUCUGAGGGCAGGCACUGCAUGUGGAGGGCGGCGCUGAAAGGGGGGAACCUCUACGUCGAAAUCCCCUCCGGAGCGCUGCCCGAGGGCAGCAAAGACAGCUUUGCCCUCCUGCUGGAGUUUGCAGAGGAGCAGCUGCAGGGGCGUCACGUGUUCAUCUGUUUUCACAAGAACCGCAACGAUAGAGCCUCCAUGCUGCGUACAUUCAGCUUCCUGGGCUUUGAGAUUGUGCGACCGGGUCAUCCCCUCGUCCCCACCCGCCCCGACGCUUUCUUCAUGGCUUACAGCAUCGAGCGCGACUCCUCCGAUGACGACUAAAGAAACUACGCUGAGCAGUUCCCAAAGUUGACCUUGUGUCAACCGAUUACCCACCCAGCUUCAUGAUUUUUGUUUAAAUGAAUACGUUAUCCAGUAAGUGCAGUAUGGUUGAGGUUUCCCUUUUUGUUUGUUCAUUAGCUACCAUGUGCUGUGUUUCAAUAUUUGCACUAGGGUAAGAUGUUACCAGGAAUAUAGAGCAAGCGCCCACAUAAUAUCCGGGUUUUGUGUCCUCGCCACUGUUACUCCUCAUGAUGUGUAGUGCUGACCCCGAUCAUCCCCCCCACUGUAAUAUUUAUGAUUCAUUUUAUUUCCUCUUGCUCAUGUAAGUCAAUGUUUUCAUAGUAUCAGUUGAUCCUCUUGUCAAUUUUUAACUUGUUUUUUCUCAUUUUACUGUGCAUGAUUUCCCUUUUUUUGCUAUGAUUCACUUAAUAGAAAUCUGCAUGUGGUAACUACUAAAUAAAAGUGCACCUACGUGAA